AUGACAACACUGACAAGUGAACAGCAGCUGAAUACAGGAGCCCUGGGUGGAAGGGCUCAGCGCAGGCAGAGACAAGCCGAAGAGAGGCUGAGCCCUUAUAUCGGCAGAGUGGAGCCAGGUAACCAACAAUUUCUGUUGUUGGACAAGAACAAAGACGGCAUGUUGAGCCGCAGAGACCUGAGGAAGCUCUAUUACAAAAAGAUGCCUUUGGAGCACUGUGCUUCACCAUUUUUCCAGUCAUGUGACCGUAACAUGAACAAGAAGGUGACCCUGAGAGAGUGGGCAGCCUGUCUGGUGGAUCGUUCUGAGGCGUGGUUCUAUCACUUCAUGUCAAUGAAAAUGGGCUCCCACAAGCUGUGUCCUGCAGUCAAAGGAAAACAUGAACUCCUGCAUCUCUUUUGA